UCCGGCUCCGCCGUGACGUCACUAACAUGGCGGCCUGAGGCUCAGCUUGGAAACCGGGGAGAGUAUCAGGUGAAGUGACACUGUAUAGACUUUGGGACUGGGAAAUUGAGACUGUAAAAUCUGGAAGAUGGGUUAUCAUAUUUCAGUAACGCAGAACGUAGCGUUGUAUGCAGAUCAACACCUAUAUGAAUCAUAAAGGUGGUGUUAAAGACAAAGUAGCACAUCAGCCCGUACAUGACGGUCUGCAAGAGCAGGGCAUUAUGGAGCCAAAUGAGAAAAGCCAGGAUGGUCCAAGGCAGUGCCUGGGUCUCUCCACUCGACAGGCUUUAUCACGCUUGAAAGAACAAUUGUCGUCAGCCCUGGCUGCUCACCAGCGUCAGAAGAAGAGUGUAGGUUUGUGGAAGGGAUGGAGGCGGAGCUUCCUGUACCAUGGCAACCGAUCAUCGUGCUUCCACUGGCCUGGUGCUGCCCUCAUGCUGCUUGCCACAUUAUUGCUGCUGUGCUGUUAUGGUAGCCAGCCAGAAGGGAGUAGGGGCUCCGAGAUAGGCAAUGCCUGUGCUCUCUUUCUUCUGCUUUUCCUCGACUUGUUCCUAAUGAGAAGACUAGAAAUGCUUAAGGAUAACGAAGUGGAGGGCAGACUUACAAGGAUCAUCGAUGGGAUUGAUGAUGUUCUGUCCAGCGUUUACGAACCGAUUUGGGAAGAUUCCUUGUAUCCCGACUUGUAUAUGCCAACUGCACACUCAUGGUCUCUUCACUGGGCAUAUCGAGAUGGCCGACUUGUGAACCUGCCCGUCAGCUUGCUCGUAGACGGUGAUGUCAUAGCUCUUCGACCAGGGCAGGAAUCAUUUGCCUCUUUGCGAGGGAUGAAGGAUGAUGAGCACAUAGUGCUGGAACCAGGGGACCUCUUUCCUCCUUUUUCCCCUCCUCCUUCUCCCCAUGCUGAGGGUAAGAAGGUCCCCCAUGACCCACAGCAACAUCACUUGUUUCGCAUCCUGAAAACACCUGUAAUGGACAAUGUCAGGAACUGGCUGGAUCAGGCCCUCACUCACCCAGUAACUGCCCUCGAUAAUGAGAGGUUCACGGUGCAAUCAGUGAUGUUGAUUUAUGCUGUACCCAGCAUUGCGAUUACCUUCCUUGUUGUUAAUGUUUUGCGACUUCUCUUCCAUACAUCGGGCAUCCCUCCUGCUCUCUAUGCAGUGUUACAGCUACAGGUGAAUGCGGUGUUGCCAGUGCUUCCCCUUCUCUUCCCUGUUAUGUGGAUCUUGGUGAUGGCUCUUGGAGAGGCCCGUGUGCUGGCCCAAAUGAGCAAGACUUCCCCAUGUGCACUGAUUGCUAAGUUUUCCGAAGAUACUCUCAGCAGCUAUACGGAGGCAGUUUCUGCACAGGAAAUGCUGCGCUGUAUGUGUUCCCAUUUCAUGCGUGUCCUGGUGGGUAGAUCCGACACUCUUCCGUACACCUCAAGUUUGCUGCAUGGCCUCGGAUCUGUUACUGUACUAUGCUGUGUGGAUAAACAGGGUGUCCUCUCAUGGCCAAAUCCCAGUCCAGAAACCGUUCUCUUUUUUAGUGGACGGGCAGAUCAUGCCACAGACAGACACGAGGACUGCACUGAUCAGAUGUCCUUGCGGUCUUACUGCCAGGCUGAGCUUGAUGAUGAGCCACAGGAGAUGGUGGCGCUAUUAGCGAACACAGAAAAUGUGCAACUGGUUAAUGAGCAGGAAAUAGCCGAGCGGUCUGGAGAUCCCAAUAAGCUUCCCGAAACUCAGCGCAAAGAACACAGUCGGCACAAACAUGCUUCUGGAUCUAAUGUGAGCUUUAGCCAAGAUGCCGGAGGACUGCUGAACAGCGAAGUGGACGAUUACGUGUGUGACUGCCACCUUGAGAUGCUCCGUCUGUCCCAGGAUCAACAGAACCCGCAGAGUAUCCAGUUUGAUGAGUCCAACUGGCAGUUCCAUCUAAGUUCUCUAAAACCCAUAGGACUCAAUGUGCUGCUGAACCUGUGUAACCCAGGAGUGACCACCACACUGUGCCGUUUCUCUGACCAUUUGCGUCACAUUGCUUUACAAGAGACACACUGCUCUGUGCUCCCAGGGCACAUCCCGUGGGGUCUCUGUGACUUUUCAAGGUUGAUUGGAUUCACCCCUGGAGCUAAAGACCUGUUCAAGCUGCAGAAUCAUGUAGCUCUUUACCACCACCCCAGUGAUGAGACUGCAAAAGAGACAAUGCUCUCAAAGUUCCCGGCAGCUACCAAACACCGACCUCUGCUCAGUCACAUGAUCAGCCUGUUCGUCAGGGAUGUUACAACCAACACAGAACAGAUGCUGUCCCAUGGAACAGCUGACAUAAUCCUUGAAGCUUGCACAGAUUUCUGGGAUGGAGCAGACAUCUACCCUCUGUCUGGAUCCGACAGGAAAAAGGUGUUGGAUUUUUAUCAACGAGCCUGUCUGUCUGGUUAUUGCUCUGCCUUCUCCUACAAACCUAUGCACUACUCCCUGUCGUCCCAUCUCCACGGGAAGUGCAUAGAGUUGCUGCAUGCUCCCGGCCAAGGCUCUCUGGCUGCUUCCUGUGACCCUGGAUCUACUCCUCUGAAGAUCUCUGGACGGCAUGACAGCUGGAGCUCUGACGAAGGCAUUGGAGAGGUGGUUGAGGAUAUGGCUCAGGCUCUCAGUGGUCAAAUCUUUAUGGGCAUGGUGUCAUCACAGUAUCAGGCGCGCUUGGACAUUGUUAGGCUAAUAGACGGUUUAGUGAAUGCUUGUAUCCGAUUUGUGUACUUCUCCAUGGAAGAUGAGCUUCGAAGCAAGGUAUUUGCAGAAAAGAUGGGUUUGGAAACUGGAUGGAACUGUCACAUUUCCCUGACACCAAACGGGGAAGGACCAGAGUGCGAGGUUCCACAAUGCAGUCCCAGCCAUGCAGGCUCCUUGCGUGAUGAUCUCCACCAGGCCUCUCGGGAGGAUGCAGAAGGAAUGCUUCUAAUGGAAGAUGAAGGACCCUCAGAUAUGAUUAGCUUCCAGCCUACGGACAGUGAUGUUCCCAGCUUCUUGGAAGACUCAAACCGGGCCAAGCUUCCCCGUGGUAUCCACCAAGUCAGACCUCACCUGCAGAACAUCGAUAAUGUUCCCCUGCUCGUCCCUCUUUUCACUGACUGCACACCAGAAACUAUGUGUGAAAUGAUUCAGAUAAUGCAGGAGUAUGGAGAAGUAACCUGUUGUCUGGGCAGCUCAGCAAACAUCCGGAACAGCGGCCUGUACUUACAGAGUGAUAUCAGCAUCUCUCUGGAUCCACUAUACCCGUCACGCUGCUCCUGGGAAAUGUUUGGUUAUGUGAGUGGAACUUUACGAACCACCGCUACUGAGAAACUGGCGCCUCUUCAACUCUCCUCGGCUCUUAACAGCCUGCCUUGCUCGAUGUCAUUCAGACAAGAAGAGUGUGUAGGCCUCAUCCGUCUCAUUGAGCAGGCUCGUCAUUCAACAUACGGCAUCAGGAAAUGCUUCCUGUUCCUCCUGCAGUGCCAGCUGACACUCGUAAUUGUGCAGUUUAUGGCUUGUUUAUUUCAACUUCCACCACUUCUGAGCACUACAGAUAUUCUGUGGCUAUCCUGCUUCGUUUACCCAUUGCUCAGUGUAUCUCUGCUUGGAAAGCCCCCGGAUAAUUCCAUAAUGACUGUAGCUACAGGAAAAAAUCUCCACUCCAUCCCAAAAAAGACGCGACAUUAUUUCCUGGUUUGCUUCCUGGUGAAGUUUAUCCCGUCCUGCUCUUGUUGUAUCCUCUGCUUCUGGUUCUCCCUUGAGAAGUUCUGUGAUAUCUCGUCUUACAGCAAUACCACCAACUGCACUGGGAUCACAGUUUAUAGUGAUUCUGUUGGUGCUCCAGAUUGGUUUGGUUCCCUUUCCGGAGCCCUGUUACUGGCCCAGAAGCUAUCUGCCUGCCUUAUUGUCUUGCACACAGUGAUUAUAUCAGUCAGUCACGUUCACCGCUCCAAAGCUCUGUGGAAGCGAAGUCCUUUCCGUAAUAGAUGGUGGAGUCUAACAUUGCCCAUAUUGUUCCUGGCGCAGGGUUUACAGACGGCGCUUGACCUGAAACUCUGGACAAACUCUGCCUCACCUCUGACCUUUCACCCCAAGGACAUCCCUCUCAUAUCUUGGUUGUUGGGGACAAUCUCCCUUGUAAUAGUCCUUGUAAUCAAUGAAUUGGUUAAGCUGCACGAAAUAAGAGUCCGAGUCCGUUAUCAGAAGAGGCAAAAGCUUCAAUUUGAAACCAAACUUGGCAUGAACUCACCAUUCUGAUCACCUCCCAUCACUUUGCUGUAGGGGAUAUUGGUAGUGUUGUUGAGCUAGAUUUAUUUUGUCUUGCCUCAGCUUCAGACAAGGGAGAGGCAGGGAACUGAUGUGUUUGACCUCGAGAAUCCCAUUUGGAAGGACACUGUUGACACAGCUAUUCAUAUCAUCCUUAAACCAGCUGUCACCACCAGUGCCUCCUCCCUACCUCCUGUGCCUGUUUACAAUUUGCAGUUGGAGUUGCCACAACUUCCUGAGUCUUUCCCUCCGCACUGAUCUGAUGAGUGACGAAUGUGAGGGUUCUCAUUCAUCUGUCGUCUGACCCAAUGCAUGUUUCCUUCAGGAGCAAAGCUCCCGUGCAUGGCUCAAUGCAUAUUAGAUGCUCUGCUAUGCGCUUUAAACCACUGGAGUGCUCCGCACACUGCAUCACCAAACAAUGCGUGCAAUAGGAAUGGGACACUUAUUUUUUGUUUUUUAAAUGAUGUAUAUUUUCUAAAGUGAGCUCAAGAGACUUAGCAUUUUUAUUGAAAAAGCUGUGAAUAAAAUCUAUGCCAAUAGCU